GAAGCGAAACGAACUACUACGGACAAAAUAUAGAUGUGUAUGCUGAUAUUAUUUAUGAAAGUGAAUGUGAAAACUUGAACGUUAUGGCUGAGUGACCGUGGAUUUUUAUUGAUGAUACAUUUUUCAUGCAUAAGAAAUAUUCGGGGUUGGAUAAUACUGCGGUUGUCAAAUUUGUCUGGUAAAAUUGUAAAUUAUUUCAGUUAUUUCUCUCCUUUUCGUUUAUGGAUUAAACAUGAAAAUUCAUUCAUGCAGACCUUGCGCUCGACGUGCUUUGAAACGGUCUCUGAGUUUUGCCUGUUAAAGAGGUCUAGAUGUAAAGUUAUGGUUGCAUAAAAUUAAAAUAUUUUAACAUUAAUAAGUUCAAAACUAUUUCGCUGUGUGAGUUAAUGCAAUAAAGGGUCAUAAUUUUCGAUGCAUAUAAAGUCGUUUAAUUUGUGCACAUGGUGAAACAAUUGUUUUCUUAUUUUGUUUGAAAUCGAGCCUGGUGUUUUAUAAGAUGUAAAAGUUCAAAGCAGUGUUAAGGGUUAACUUUACACCAUAAGGUGUGAGCGGACUACAUCGCUUAAGUGAAAUUUGACUCCAAACAAAAAUGUUGCAAAACGACAAUCUGUCGAUUAAAAUCUGGAAUAAAUAGGCGUUUUGUGAUAUAAUGGAAGAUCAGUUAGCUUGAUUAAUAGUAUUGAUUUACAAAUAGUGAUUGGAUUUAACUAAACAUGUCAUCUCUAAUUGUGAAUGGGGGGAUUCCUCAUUUAAAUGUAUCCAGCAGUUCACAAUGGAUGGAAAUUCAAAGAAAUACUUUUAAAAAUUGGGUAAAUGAGCAGUUGAAGAGUAGAGGCCUGUCGAUAUUUGACUUACGGACUGAUUUUGCGGAUGGGGUCCUUUUGGUGGCACUUGUAGAGAUAUUACAAAGAGAGAAACUACCAGGUGCUGUCCAAAACCCUUCACACAAUCACGAGAAGCUGCACAACAUUACACUAGCCCUGGAUGCUAUUGCAAAGGACAAUGUCACACUUAUAAAUAUCGACAGUAGUCAUAUAACAGAAGGAAACACAAAACUUAUUUUAGCGUUAUUAUGGCAACUGGUAUUGCGGUACCAGAUAGGAUUAUCCAAUUUCCAAAACAGAAGCUGGUUACUGGCUUGGCUUCAGGCUGUCAUUCCGGAAUGUCACGUGACCAAUCUGACGUCAGACUGGAACUCUGGGAUAGCAUUACAUGCCUUAUUAGAAUUUUGCAAGAAAGGUUUAAGUCCCAACUGGAAACACCUGAACCCCCUAGAUAGAGUCAACAACUGUAGAGACGCCAUGAAACUUGCUAGACAACAUUUCGGAAUACCUCUGGUUUUACGACCUGAAGAUCUUGCCAACAGCAAUUUAGACGAGCUUUCUGCCAUUACAUAUCUGUCAUAUUUCACAAAAGUCGGGGCACCCGGCUACAACGCAACCCUUCAAAGAAUACAACCAUUGGUUAAAAACUACCCUGUGUUCAAUUUUACGACUGACUGGAAAGACGGCAGAGUUUUAUGUGAACUUGUACAUGUAUUUGGUGGUUCUAUACCUUCUUGGCCGGACCUCAAAGAAUCCAAUAUAGAACGACUGAUCGAAGGCCUCGGUGGAGCCACGGAAAUUGGCGUACAACCGCUUUUGUCUGCGACGGAAAUUGCCGAAGAGACUACUGAACAUAUUGGUAUAAUGGCGUACGCCGCACGAUUCCUUCACUUGACACCAGGAGUUAUAUCAUAUGAAUACAAUUACAGGGAAACUAAGAUCAUACCAUUGGAUGAAGGUCACGGUCGAGACAGCAGAACGAGCACGUUACAUUCUUCCACACAUUUUAUAAACGGCAACAGAAGUCGACCCUCUUCGCCCUCAUCGUCAUCAUCUACAUUAAAUGAAUCUCGCCAACAACUAGAGUACACAUUGGUCCGCACACCAUCCAUACGUCGCAAACAACGAAAACGUAUAGGUGCAGCCGAAGGCAUUAAAAAAGAUACAUAUUCUGAUGGCGUUAUCAUAUAUGCAACGUCUCAUACGACAGUCACACCUGAUGAUAUCCGACUAGAGGCUGAGUCUCCGACAGGUCGGCUCAUUAAAAUGAACGGCGACGGCAUGUAUCAUGCACAAUUUGGGGCGGAUGAAAUAGGGGCAUGGCAAGUGAAGCUGUACAUGAAUGAUUCAAUGGUCGACAGCUGUACUGUUGAUGUAUGUGACCCCUCACAGGUCAAGGUCACUGGUCUGAGGGCAGGAAUGGCGGGAAAUCCACACAAAUUUACAAUUGAUUGCACGAAUGCCGGUAGAGGAAAGUUGGAAGUAUCUGUUGAAAAGGAUGGUCGUAAUGUGCUAUGUAACCUAAAGGAAACAAACACCCACGUCUAUACGGCCAGUUUCAACCCUGUAAAUGCUGGACAUUAUAAAAUUGCAAUAGAAUAUAACAAGGCUGAAGUCAGAGGUAUCCUCGACCUCCUAGACAUCGAAGGAGAUAUCGGUCCUGGUCAUGAAGAACUCCACAGGCGAGCCAUCUUCUCUACUGCCAUGAAACCUGUCCGUGAUCACUAUAAAAUAACCGCUUCGUGUGAUUGGCAGAUUGAUUAUAUGACAGGCGGUCCCAUAGACAUGUAUAUUGGUGAUACAGCAGACGUUCGUGUGUAUAGCAUGCAAGACGGGACUGUUUGCAAUAUCCCACAUCUCAUUGCUGAUGUUUCGAAUGCGUCGCCAGGUGGAACACUAAAAGCGGAAGUCCAGUAUGGAAGAACACGCUUCCCGGCUGAUGUUUAUGAGACUGACAAACCAGACAUAUAUAAGAUCGUGUUCGAGCCUAGAGGUCCUGGCACGUACAAUGUCUGGAUCAUUUAUGAUGGUCAUUUGGCCAAAGGCUCUCCGUUCAUACAAGAAAUCGCGGAGUUGACGUCACCUACUGCAGAGGGACCGGGGCUUUCAAAGGGCGUAGUCGCCGAGCCAUGCGAGUUUACGAUCGAUGCCCGAGGUUUUCCUGGGGAUGUUACUAUUGAUGUCGAGGGUCCCCAUCACCCAAUCAACAGCACCGCUAACAAGAACCCUGAUAACACCCAUACCGUCACGUAUGUUCCGGAAGAAGUCGGGAUACACAGAAUUCAUUUAAAGCUUGACGGAAAGGGUAUCACAGGGAGUCCGUUCCAUCCAAAGAUUGUAGACCCGACAAGGUGUCAUAUGUCCGGAGAGAUGCAGCCAUUCUUGGAACGUGGUGAGAGAAUCCCUUUGAUGGUUGACAGAGAGAAACACAUACCUUUCGACGCAUCCAAGGCGGGACCAGGUGAGCUAACGGCAAAUGUUCACGGCCCCAGUCAGAAAGUUCCGGUCACCAUAGACGCCAGGGGGGACGGCAAACAUACGCUUAUCUUCACACCGAAAGAGGAAGGAAAGCACUACAUAGACGUCUUCUGGGGUGGUUUUGCUCUCCCGAGGUCUCCAUUUCAAGGCUACGCAACACCUUAUCGUGAGGAGCCGGAAAUCGAUGUAACACCAGUGCACGUUAGAGCAACGUCACCUAUUCACGUCAGGACAGAGCCAGUAACACGGGACGACUCAUUUCGCCGUUCGGAGCCUCCCGGUGGGUACUGGGUUCGAGCUGACAACAGGAGGCCAAAUUCUCCUGAUAAUGGACCUCACAAAGUAUACAUUCUGGCACCAACCAAAUCAGAACCAUUAGUAACAAAAGCAACAACAUUACCACCAACACGUAUACGAGUACACAGGCACGGAUCGGACAUAUCACCUUUAACUAAACCUCGCCACUACCUGCAACCAAAACGCUCUGGAAGUAUAUACUCGGGGAGCUCUGUUUCUGCUAAAUCGGAACCAAAGAAGAAGAAAGAGCCCGAUGUUCUUAUAACUCGUCUUCCCCGAGUUACACCCAGUUAUCACUAUGAGCCAGCCAGUACACCAGAUUUAUAUGUGUAUCAAACAAGUCCCCAGAGUUCGUCACCACCAUCGGUGUCGCCAUCUUAUAUAUAUGCCAAACCUCAGAAAUCACCGAGAGACCAAGGUGCUAAUCCGAAGGUUGUUCUCCGUGGAAAAGGUCUGAAAGAAGCUGAGCUAGACAAGCCUGCGACAUUUACAAUAGAUGGCCGUCAAGCCGGCCCAGGCUCUAGUCCCAGGACGGGCAUUGAAUUUCAAUAUGGAGCCAAAAAUCAUGUUUCUUUUGAUGACGAUGUAGAAGGCGAACCAGAAGCUCGGGUUCACAGCAUCCGGUCAGAGCCUCCAGUUCAUAUCAAGCCAACAGGACCCAAGCAAUAUCAGUGCACGUACACACCAAAAGUUCCGGGUGCAUACUUGCUUGACAUAAAGUGGAAUGGAAAACCACUAAAAUGUUGUCCUUUCAAAAUUGAUGUCAAGAAUCCCGUUUAUCCAGAAAAAGUAGGCGUGACGGGAGAUUUGAAGGGCGGAGUUGUAGGGAAAGAUAUUGAUCUAAAAAUAGAUCCACGUGACGCGGGGCAUGAACCAGGACAACAAAUUGACGACAAACCAGCCCAAAGCAAAGAAGACAGGGAGUUAACCAUUGAUUGCAAGGAUCCGGACGGCCUGGAUGUACCUGUUCAUCUUACGGACAAUUUCGACGGGACGUACAGACUUAAAGUGAAACCAGAAAAGCUUGGAAAACACAUACUUAGUAUAAGGCUAAACAAACAGCAUGUUUUUGGAAGUCCCUUUGCGAUAGAGAUACAUCCGACCGCACCUCAUGGCAAGAUUAAAGUCUGGGGUCCAGGUCUUGAAAGUGGUGUGUUCCCAGAAUAUCAAGGUUAUUUCUUCGUAGAUGCUACGGGUGCUGGCGGCGGUGAACUGCAUGUGAGCGUGAUGGGACUGAAAGGGGCGUUCCAUGUUGAGAUGAAACGUGCCAGUCAGAAGGAUAAGUUGUUUAAUUGUCUGUACCAUCCUGCGGAACCUGGGAUGUACACGAUUAACGUGCAAUGGUCAGGAAAACACGUGCCAGGAAGUCCUUAUACGGUGCUAGUUGCGUCAAAUGAAAUGGAAUUACUAGAUUAUGGAAGUAGAGUAGAAAGAUCCAGAGACUCCUCAUCAAGAAGUUCGGGAAAACUAUCACCAAUGAAUACAACUCAGAACAGCAUUAUGUAUUGAUAAUAUAAUACAUGUCAUUGAAGUAUCAUUUUUUGGGAUGUCACGGAGAAGUAAAUGCUCAUAACUUUUGGAAUUUGGUAAUACUGUCGGUAUAUAUGUGCAUCUGCCAUAAUCAAAAUGUCCAGGCAUACACCAGGACAAAUGUUUCAACAUGUACCGAUAGAAUGCAAUUUGAAAAUGUUCAUGGUUUAAACAGAGAAGGGUAGCAUAUAAUAAACAAUGACUGACACACAUAUUUAAAUGCUUAGAAGCUGUAUGCUUGCCAAUAAAAUGCAAAUAUCAACACGUACAGGAAUAGAUAUUGACCACAUAGCUAUCCUCACCCAGAGACUUACAAGUAUGUUUGUUCCUGGUUUCGAAGGAUUCAAACAUUGUUCCAAAAUGGACAGCAUAUGCUACCUCGCACCAACUUGGUUUGGAUAACAUACACCAGCGGCAUUUUUUAUAUUUCAUAUGUAAUUAUUUGUAUGCUUCAAUAUACAGUUUCCACUUUAUUGCAACUUCUACAUUUUACACUGCUUUGAUUUUAGUACCUUCUAAAGUUGUAUGGUUACCAUUGUACGAUGUCAGCGUAUUUUAUCAAUUGUAAUAUUUUCAUUUUAUUCUUUACAUUUAUCUAUUUUAGUGAAGUUUUGUAUUCGCUGUCGAAAAAUGACGUCAUUGUGUAUUUAAUAUUGAAGAAAGAUGUCAUUGUGUUUCACUAUCGAAGAAUGACGGUAUUGAUCAUAUUGUUGAUCUCUUGUAGAAUAGUGUAGUCAAACAUAGGUUGCGUUUUGUAUUCAUAGACUGCUCGAAUCAAUAUUCAAUUGGUUAAACAUUUAAUUAGAAUAUGCAUUUUUGAAAAUACACUUUAUGGGAUAUUGCUGUUGCUGUGUGUACAUGUGGCUGGUUGUUUACGAUUUUUCAGAGUUUACCCAAUAUAGAUCCUUUCAAACAUUGUUUAUAACAGCAACAAACCCAUAUCAUAACUAGAGUCUAUAUGUUGAUCAUGAUAUAUUUCAUUUUACUGUUUUUUAUUUAUACUAUUAAUGAAAAGGACAGUCUUGUCAAAAUUUGUCCAGUUCUUUUCUACUUUUUUCUUCUCUUACUAGAAAAAUCUACUCUUCUUUCUUAUAAUCAAAGAAUGACCUGGCCAUGGAAAUAAUUAAAUAAAUUUGAAUGUUUAUUGUCUCAAUAUAUACAAUCUAAACUCAAUUUUGUAUUUCAAUUCUGAGGCUGUCUGUCUGACAGGUACAUUCAAACGAACUGUUCUUGUAAUUCCUUUUCUCUUUUAAAAGGUUUAAUGCAACUAUUUGCUUCAGUAUAAACAUUACAAAGCUUCGAGUCACCGGAUUUGUACAAAUUGAUAUCAUAUACUCAUAUGAAUGGUCAUUUCAAUUCAAAAUAGAUUUCCGACAUUUUUUACAUUUUAAAACCCAUUAUUCAGGCAAGGCAAAUUAUUUGGGCUUGUGCUAGCGCUGGUGAUGUGAAUGUUUAAAAAUGUUAAUUUAAAAUCUUUUGUUCUUGUUUAGCAUAUAUACAUAGUUAAUACUGGAUACAAAAACAAGUUGCAUAAUGAUAUCUUUAAAUACUUCUACAACAUGGUGCUGUUUAAAUGUGUGUUUAUAUUUUUGACUAUAUACAUGUACAAUUUUAAUUAAAUCAUAUAUUUUAUAUUUUAGUACAACUCGCAAGUAGUGCAAAAUUAGUUUAGUAUAUAAGAAUACAAAUAUUCUCAUGGUAAAUGUACUAGUGCGUCAAUAUACAAUGCUUAUUUACUACGGAUUAUUUGUUGAGAUGAUUUCUUUGAUAUUAUAUAUAUAUAUAUAAGUGUAUGUAGUUCUUAAAUAACACAUAAAGUUGUAUACAAAAAACUUUUACUGAUUAUAUAUAUUUUAACGUACGACUAUAGUGAUGACAUAUAUGUAUGCUAUUUUAUUACCGAAAUGCUGAACUCAAUAAAGCAAUGGAAAACUCA